CACUUUAUUCGAUCAUACCGGUUCGUAUAUUGGCUCGCGAUCACACCUAUUAAGUUGACAAAACGAUUUGAGUGAGUGCUGUUGGUGUAUAGGACCCCCAACAUCAACCAUGGCACUCCAGACACCAUCCCUGUCCCUGUAUAUCACAAAUAUAGAGUCAAAGGUGAAAAAGCCAGAACUCCGGUCACAAUUGUAUGCUCUAUUCACGCCGUAUGGUAGAGUUAUCGACGUCACCGCGAAGAAACACGAUGGAGGUCGAGGACAAGCAUUCGUCACGUUUGACGAUCAAGCUUCAGCGACCUCAGCUAUGAGAGGAUUGACAGGCGAGAGUUUUUAUGGAAAGCCAUUGUCCAUAACGUAUUCUAAGAAACCUUCCAACGCUACAUUGUCACGCUUAGAUCCUUCAGCAUCUCGUGAUGCAGCCGCUAUCAAAGCUGCGAAAUUAGUAGUCAGUCGAGCGCAAGGCGAAUACGAACAAUUGGAGAAGGAGAGAGAGGACGAGGAGGCAGGUAGAGGAGGUGGAGGUGGAGGAGCCGGAGCAAAAAGAGAUUUGGAAGAUGGAGAAGGUGGAGACGCUUCAGGCAGAAACACCAAGAAACCGAAAGUUGAGGAAGAUGAAGCGAUGGAGAUUGAGAUGGAUGAAGACGAAGAUGAAGGAGCAGCUGCAAGCUCGAGUGGUGGCGUAGCGCUGUUAUGCUCAAACUUACCGCCAGAGUGUAAUGAGAUGGUCCUCUCUGCUCUCUUUGGACAAUAUGCCGGAUUCACCAAAGCUUCCCCCCUUUCCUCAUCCACCUCACUCCCUUCUUCUCACUCAAAACAGAACCCAGGAGCCAAGUCAUUCCGCGUGACAUUUGGAUCAAAAGCAGAAGCAGAAGCCGCAUUGCAACCUACAAAAGGCUAUCUCAUGCAGCCAGGAUGGGAGAUGAACGUGUCAUUGGAGAGCUGAAGGAGGCGAUCGGUCUGGAGACGCUGUAUCAACAUAUGCAUGUGGGGUCAAUGGCA